AUGGCGCCAAAAGCGAAGAAGGAAGCUCCUGCCCCUCCCAAAGCCGAAGCGAAAGCGAAGGCCUUGAAAGCCAAGAAGGCAGUGCUGAAAGGCGUCCACAGCCACAAAAAGAAGAAGAUCCGCACAUCGCCCACCUUUGGGCGGCCCAAGACACUGCGGUUACGAAGGCAGCCUAAAUACCCCCGGAAGAGCGCGCCCAGGAGGAACAAGCUUGACCACUAUGCCAUCAUCAAAUUCCCCCUGACCACCGAGUCAGCCAUGAAGAAGAUAGAAGACAACAACACGCUUGUGUUCAUUGUGGAUGUCAAGGCUAACAAGCACCAGAUCAAACAGGCUGUGAAGAAACUCUAUGACAUCGAUGUGGCCAAAGUCAACACCCUCAUAAGGCCCGACGGAGAGAAGAAGGCAUAUGUUCGGUUGGCUCCUGAUUAUGAUGCUCUGGAUGUUGCCAACAAAAUUGCAACCAUCUAA